AUGUCCUCUCGCAUCGAUAUCACAUCCUAUCCAGGAAAUAUUAUCCACGGGAAAUUCGCUCCUACCCAAGAGUCGCGCCACUCUAUUGACCCCGCGACUGAAGAAGCACUGUACGAGGUGCCUGUCGCCACCAAAGAACAGCUGGACGACGCGGUCCUCCACGCCCGUGAAGCCUUCAAAUCAUGGAGCACGACUCCUUUUGAGCAGCGUUCCAAGCUCAUGCUUGCCUUCGCGGACCGCAUCGAGGAAAAUCGCAGGGAGAUCGAGAAGCUGCAGACAAUGGAGCAGGGCAAGCCUUUGAGCCUAGCAGAACGGGAAGUUAGCAUGUCCCUGACGUGGCUGCGAACAUUUGCCACAAUGGAAGUCAAGGAUGAGAUCCUGGAAGAGUCAGACGAGAAGGUCGUCUACUCGACCUUCCCCCCUCUUGGCGUCUGCGGCGCUAUCGUGCCGUGGAACUGGCCCAUUCUCCUGGGCUUGGGAAAGGUUGGUCCCGCUCUUAUGACGGGCAAUACAAUCAUAAUGAAGCCGUCCCCAUUCACGCCCUAUUGCGACCUGAAGCUAGGAGAAAUCGGUAUGUCUGUCUUCCCCCCUGGGGUAUUCCAGGUUCUGAGCGGGGACGACAUGCUUGGUCCGUGGAUGACCACCCAUCCAGGCAUUGAUAUGAUCACCUUCACUGGUUCGAUUCCCACGGGCAAGCGAGUCGCUGAGAGUUGCUCCAAGACCCUCAAGAGAUGUGUGCUUGAGCUUGGCGGUAAUGACGCGGCUAUUAUCUGCGAGGAUGUGGAUAUCCAGAAGUGUCUGCCGAAAAUCGCUACUUUGGCGUUCCUCAGCUCUGGACAGAUUUGCAUGCUUGUCAAGCGGAUCUACGUUCAUGAGAAGAUCUACGACCAGUUCCGGGACGCCAUGGUAGAGUUUACUAAGAACAAUAUCAAGACCGGUGGGGGCUUCGAGCCUGAUGUCGUUGUUGGGCCAGUCCAGAACAGCAUGCAAUAUGAACUUGUCAAGGAUAUGUUCGCCCAAAUCGACAAGUGUGGCUGGAAGACCGCUCUCAAGGGUGGUCCUCGUGAGACGUCCAAGGGCUACUUCAUUGAGCCAGCCAUCAUUGAUAAUCCACCUGAAGAUUCGCGUAUCGUCAAGGAGGAGCCUUUCGGACCCAUUGUGCCACUGCUGAAGUGGUCGUCCGAGGAAGAUGUCCUCGCACGCGCUAACGCCCUCGAGACAGGGCUUGGCGCCUCCGUGUGGAGCAAGGAUGUCAAGAGGGCCGAGAGGAUGGGCCGGUGUUUGAGCAGCGGGAGCGUCUGGAUCAACUCACACUUCGAUGUUGCACCAAACGUUCCCUUCGGAGGGCAUAAAGAAAGUGGCCUUGGUAUGGAAUGGGGCAUUGAGGGGUUCAAGCAUUUCACAAAUAGCCGCAGUCUCUGGGUAUGGAAGAAGGUUUUCGAGUAG